AUGUUAUAUGAAACUAAGAUAGAAUGUAAAAAAAAACUAAAGGAUAUGCAUGAAAACAAUUACGAUAGAGAAUUAAUGGAAAAAUCAUAUGAAUUAAUAAAUUUAACAAAAAAUGAAAAAAAAGUAAUCUCAAAUGAAGAAUUAGUAAGUGAAAAUAAUUCCAACCCUAAGAAUGAGCAAAAUAAAAACUUAAUUAAAAAUUGUAAUUAUGUAAAUAAUAUGAAUAACAAAGAUGAUUUGAAAAGUAACAUUAGUAAAGAAAAUAAAGAAAAAAUAAAAAAUGUGCAAGAAGAACUAAAAAACAGUAAUAAUGAAGAAAAACAUGUAAAAGAUAAUUAUAUAAUAUAUGAUGAUGGAAAUCCAGAAAUAAAUUUUUUUAUUAAUAAGGAUAAUUUAAAAAUAGCUAGAUAUUCCUGGAAAGUAAAAAAUCCCAAAGCAUACAUCUUUGCCUUACAUGGAAUAACCUCUCAUCUAAGGAAUGAAUAUCUAAAUUUUUUAGGCAGACCUCAUUGGGUUGACGAAAAAAAAAAGGAAAAAAAAGAAAAGGAACAAAAAGAGAAAAAAGAAAAGGAAAAAAAAGAAAAAAAGGAUAAAAAAAAAGAAAAUGAUAGAAAUGAAAAUGUUUCCAAAGGAGAAUUAUCAAAAAAUAUAAAUAAAGAAGAAAUGAAUUAUGCAAAUGAUAUAUAUAAAAGCAAUACUAAUCAAAAUAUAAAAGAAAAUGCCAAUUCUUUUGAAUCUUUCCCUAGCAAUACUCAUGAAAAAAUUGAUCUUUAUUCCACAAAUUUAAAUAAUUGUAAUCAUGGAAUUAAGAAUAAUAAUUCAAAUAAUAAUUUAAAUUUUAAAGAAAACGAGAAAAACGAAAUCGAAUUCAAUAAUAGAAUAUGCAAUGAAAAAGAAGUAAACGCUGAAUUAGAAAUGGAUAAAAAUAACUAUAUUUUUAAUAAAAACAAAAUAGAAGCAGAUAAUGUAAGUGAUUCCAAUGAAAAUAAAAUAAAUCAAUUCUAUGAAAAAUCUAAAUUUUUAAAAAAAAAAAAAUUAAAGGAAAAAAUACUAAGUUCCAUAUCGUCUAAUAACACUAUUAGUACAUUUAAUAAUGAUACAAAUAAUAGUAAAAAAACAAAUAUUGAAGAAAAGAAAGGAAAAAGUAAAUUAAGUAGUAUCUUUUUUAAUGAUUAUGUUAAUAAGAAUACAUAUGAAAAUAUGUAUAAUAAUAAAUUUAAUUAUGGUGAACUCCCGAAAAACAAAAAAUAUUUCUCUUUUCUAAAAGUUCAGCGUUCAGCAAAAGAUAAAAAAAAAAAAUUUUUUCGAUGUUCAAGUGCUGAAAGAUUUGGUUUUUCCAUUUAUAGAAUGAAGAAGAAAAAUAUGAAAAAAGAAAUAAAAUGUAUAAGUGAAACUAAUUCAUUAGUAGAUGAAGAAGUUUAUAACUUUGAUGCCUUUUCUUGUAGCUCAUCGGAAGAAGAUGAUAAAAAGAAUUUAGAAAAAAAGCUAACAAUGUUUUUAUCAUGUUCUUCUUGUGUGUCAAAUUUUAUGGAUGAUACAAAUGCAUUAAAUAAUAGAAUAAUAAGUGAAAGUUUAUAUAAUGAAUUAUCUUCGAAUAAAGUUAUAGACGAUGAUAAUGUAUUAUUAAUAGAUAAAAAUGAUACAAUAAAACAGUACGAUUCUAACGUUUACUAUUGUUCUAUGUGUGGUAUAUGCAAUUAUUGCACUUGUGGAAAUAGAAGUUUGUCUUAUAAAAACAGUUGGAUAGAAAAAUUAAAUCAAAAUAACUUUUCAUUUUUUGGAAUUGAUAACCAAUCUCACGGUUUAUCAGAAGGAUGGCAGAAUCAGAGAUGUUAUGUAGAAGAUUUUGAUAAUUUCAUUGCUGAUGCAAUUCAAGCAUUAGAAAUUUUUGUAAAUGAAUGGAAAGAAAAAAAUGAAUUAAAACCAAUAAUAAUCAUGGGAUUAUCUAUGGGUGGUUGUAUAGCUUUAAGAACUCUAGAAACUCUAUUUAAAUUAAAUAAGGAAUGGAAGAUUUAUGUGAAAGCAUUAGUACUUGUUUCUCCUAUGAUAAGUUUAGGAAAACAAAAAAAUAAAAUUACUAAUAGGCUUUUAAUUUCAGCUACAAAAUUCCUUAAAUAUUUCUUUCCGCGUUUAACAGUUAAUGUUAAGGAAAACAAUACUUUUUACCCAUGGAUACAACACGAUUCUCAAUUAGAUCCCUUGCAAUAUUGUGGGUCAUUAAAAGUAAAAAUUGCAGCUGAAUGUGUAAAUGCAGCUGAUAACUGCUUAGAUUAUCAUGUUCUAAAAUAUGUAGAAGAAAGCGAUGUUGAUAUUAUUGUCAUUCAGUCUAAAUAUGAUUGUAUUGUUGACCCUACAGGUACUAUUAAUUUUAUGAAAAAAAUGGUACGUUUAUGCGAAAACAAGGAAGAAAUUUUAAAAGAGAAUGAAAAAGAAAAUGUGAAAUCCAAUCAAAAAUCAAGUUUAAACAUUAAUAAAGAAAAAGAAACUGAACUGAAUGGUAACAAAAAGGUUUAUAAUGAUAUGGAAGAGGCAAUUUCAAAUAUUUAUAAAAGUGAAGAUAUUAAUAAUAUAGAAAAUAAUAAUAAUACUGAUAUUAUCAAUAAUGAUAUUAAUAAUAGUAAUAAAACAAAUGAUGAAACAAUAAACGAAAUAGACUAUAAAAAUGAAAUAAGUAAUGAUUCUUUAAUGAAUAAUUAUACAACCAAUAACAAUAUUUAUACAAAUAUAAACUCCAAUGAAAAAAUAAUAGAAAAAGAGGAAAGUUUAAGUAAUAAUUUAAUAGAAAUGUCAAAAAAAACUGACUUACUAGUACAGUCUAACAAAACCUCUAAUUACUCUGAUGUAAUAAAUGAAGCUGACGAAAAUUAUAUACUCCCCAUAGAAAAUAUUAAAGAAAAUAAAAUGGAAAUAUGGAAUUAUUUUGAUCAUGGUUACUAUAAAUAUUUUAAAUUAAAAAAAAAUACAAGAAAUAAAAGUGAUUUUUCAUCUGAUGAAAAAAAUUUUAAAAACUUAACUAUUUAUAUUUUAAAAUAUGGUUGUCAUACCUUACCAAUUGAGCCCAAUACAAAAGAAACAGUUAAUAUUUUAGUUGACUGGCUUAAUAAUAUAUAUGAAUAA